AUGGAAAAGGAUUAUAGAGGUCCUCUAACCUUUCUCCCAUGGCGGAUCUUCUUCCUCAUCUUCAUCUUCUCCUUCGCUUCUGCAUUUCCCUCCCCCUCUCUGUACAAGAGCUUCUCCGACUGCUUUGCCCGGAAAAAAAUCCCGCCGGCCGAAAUCUCCGGUAUCCUCUACGGCAUCAACGAAACUGCCGAUUCCUUCUCAAAGAUCCUUCAGUCCAACAUCCGAAAUCUCCGAUUCAAUCUCUCCACCACUAAGAAACCCGCUGCCAUCAUCGUCCCCACGGCGGAGUCCCACGUCAGCGCCGCCGUGCUGUGCGCCAAGGAACACGGCAACGUCCAGCUCAAAAUCCGCAGCGGCGGCCAUGACUACGAGGGCGUUUCUUACGUCUCCGAUCAGCCCAACUUCGUCGUCCUGGACAUGGCCAAUUUCCGGUCAAUCAACAUCAGCCUGCAGGACCGGACCGCCUGGGUCGGCGCCGGCGCCUUCCUCGGCGAGCUCUAUUACAGAAUUUGGGAGAAAAGCAACGAGCUUGCAUUUCCGGCCGGCGUCUGUCCGACCCUCGGCAUCGGCGGCCACAUCAGCGGCGCCGGCUACGGUAAUCUGAUGAGGAAAUACGGCGUCAGCGUCGAUCACGUGAUCGACGCCAGAAUUGUCGACGCCGGCGGCCGGAUUUUGGACCGGAAAACCAUGGGGGAGGAUCUCUUCUGGGCCAUCCGUGGCGGCGGCGCCGCCAGUUUCGCCGUCGUUCUGGCGUUCAGAAUAAAUCUCGUCCUGGUGCCGCCGUCCGUCACCGUUUUCCAAGUCCAGAAAGGAUCGGAAAACAACGCCGCCAUAGAUACGUUCCUUAAAUAUCAAGAGCUCAACAACAAAAUCGACGACGAUCUCUACAUUAGGGUUUACGUACAGCCGAUUAAAACAAACAACACCAAACCAAGCGCCGUCGCGAAGUUCACCGGAAUGUUCCUCGGCAAUGCCACCAGGCUUCUCUCCGUCGCCGGUUCCCAAUUCCCGGAGCUAGGGCUGAAAAAAUCGGAUUGCCUGGAGAUGCGGUGGAUCGAUUCGAUCCUCAAUUGGGCGGGAUUUGACAACAAAACUUCCCCUAGGGUUUUGCUCAACAGAAUCCCCAAAUCCGUAGAUUACCUGAAACGUAAAUCUGAUUACGUGAAGACUCCAAUCCCCAAAUCGGCGAUGGAGAAGCUGUUCGCGAAAGUGGCGGAGCUCGGGAAAGUAGGGCUUGCGUUCAACAGCUACGGCGGCGCAAUGAACAGGAUUCCGGAGAACGCGACGGCAUUCCCCCACAGGGCGGGAAACAUUUUCAAAAUCCAAUACGCGUCGAAUUGGGGGGAGGAUCAGGCGAAGGAUACGGAGAAGAACAUUGAACUGGUGAGGGAAGUUUACGAUCUGAUGGAGCCGUUCGUGGCGAAGAACCCUAGGGAGGCGUACCUGAACUACCGUGAUUUGGAUAUCGGCGUCAACGACGGCGGGUACAGCUACGAGAAGGGGAAGGUGUUCGGAUUGAAAUACUUCAGGGGAAAUUUCGAGCGGCUGGUGCGAAUCAAAGCGAAGGUGGAUCCCGAGAACGUGUUCAGGUACGAGCAGAGCAUUCCUCUUCUGCGUCCGUCGGACCUCUAG